UUGACUGUCGUGCCGUAUUUGCUUGCGCAGUGCCGUCGUCCAAUCCGUUAUCACCAUCGGCGCUUAGCGAGCAUAAGAAAGUUGCUGUAACCCGCAACUGUGUAGUCAGACAAUAAUUUAGUUGCUCGUGCGACUUUUACCCGAACUGUUGCUUAGCAAUUUUUAUACGGUUAGAAAGUGUUUCUUUUGUGUUACAAUAUUUUUUUUUUUUUUUGCUGUACUAUAUUUCAACAGCAACAAACGCUGAAACUGAAACAAUUACAAUAAAAAUUAACUAAAACGAAAAACUAGUGCCUCAAAAAAAGUGUCUCCCGAUAGUGUAAUAACAACUGAAGAUGGUGAGAAUAAGCUAACAACCAAACCAACAACAGCGAAAACUACAAAAAAGUGUUAAAAAACAAAGUAACACCACAAUAAAUCCAUUUAUCUGCAAAACCAGCUGAGCAACGCAUCCGCAUUUUUCGAACGAUUUCUCAAGCAACAAAUGCCACAAAUCGCGCUAUCACCUGCGCACGCACCAAACUUCACCCCCAGCUGCUGCCACCGCCACAAAAACAACAACGGAUUAGUGGUCCAGUUCUUGCAACAAGCAACUCACGCGGCCAAGUAAAAGCAGAAAGAAAUGACUUUGGGCACAGCAGCAUACAAAAGUUUCGCUGUAUAAUUGCAGCAAAAGGAAAAUAUAGCAACAAAAACAACAGCAGAAAUACACAAAAGCAUUUAAGCCAAGCGACGAAGAGUCAAAGGCAGGCAACCGACGACUAACUAACUGCAUUUGAGGCCACAACACUUGCGUCGCACACCACAGGCCCAGCAACACGUACACGCCGGCUCAAGAAAUAGCCAAAGGCGAAAUUGAAAACGCAAACAAAGCAACAAAUACACAACUAAAUAAGCAACAAAGCAGUUGGCAGCGAAAACGUUAAGCAAACUGGCGCGCAUGCGAUGUAAAUUGUGUAUUUAAAUUGCCAGUCAACACACACAUACACACACGCAAACACUGUUGCAAACGCACGCGCAACGUGUUGCAUGCAUAAAGCUGCAUUGCAGCCACAGAAGAGUACGCAGCGGCAACACUCAGCAUCAGCUGCAAUUGCCACGCCGCAGAUAGCAACACAGACAACUAGUUGGGCAACAACAACAACAAUAAAAGCACCAAAGACACUGCGUGCUGCGCGCAAGUGGCAACACAGUUAGUUAGUUGGCCGCACAGCUUUGUGGCACAAGUGUGGCCAAGUACAGCGUUGGCACGCAGCUUCUCAGCGUCCCGGCUGCCAGCAACAUACGAGCGAGCCGCCUUAUCUCCCUCUUGACCUGCAUGAUGGGCACAAUACGUCAAAUAAAACCGGCCUCUUUUCCACCGCCUGCCUGCCACACAACUGCGCAUGCCACAGCAGCCACCGCUACGAGCACAACGUCAAACAGGAAUUCAACUUCAAGCAUGUCAAGUAAAUAUAGUGCAAGUAAUGCAAACAAAAUAGCGGCAGCAGUAACAACAACCACUUGCGACACAAAAACAACAAGAGAAAAGAUGAGAGCAGCAGCAAAUGCAUUGAGCGACGCAACGCAGCCCAAACAACAUGAGCAACACCUGCAUCCCAACAAAAGCAACAACAACAAUACAAAACUAUGGCAAACAUUAAAAGCUGUUGCGGCAACGCUGCUGCCACURCUGCCGCUGCUGGCGUUUCUACUGCUGCUCAGCGACAGCGCAACACCAGCACAGGCGACGCCCGUCUUCGUCGACAAUCCGAGUUUAGCACAGUUUCAAUCUGGUCGUAAUAUACGACAUUUACCCUGCAUUGUGCGAAAGUCUGGCCGCUCGGGUGUUUGUAUGUUCGCCAUCGAUUGUAUUAAACAGAAUGGCACACAUUUAGGCACGUGCAUUGAUCGUUUCUAUUUUGGUUCAUGUUGUCAGCUGAAGGAUGACACAGCACUUUUCGCGCCCGAAAUCAGUGACAAUAGCAUCGACCAAAAUACGAUUUCACAUUUUCCCCACGAGUCGACCACGCUGCCCUCCAGCACAUUGUUCAAACUCACCACUACCGGUCCGCACCACACAGUACAAAGUAGCAGCAACAGUAUUAGCGAAACGGUGAGGAAUGUAACACAAAGCUAUUUACAACAAAGCAGUCACCUUCACGCCACUAAUGGCAGCAGUAGCAGCGACAAGGGUGAUACAACACCCAUCAUAACCACGAACAGUCCAAAACCAGUUAAGUUGACCACAACUGCUGCACCGAAACGUCCACCAGUGCAGACAACACAGAAAACGUCACAGUUUGUGGUGCGUACCACAACGAAGCCAACUGUUGCGCCAACAACAAUAAAGCCACCAAGACGCAAAACUACAGUUACGCGACCUGUGCUCACCACCACCUCAAGCACACAACUGACAACGCGAGUGGAAGUCACUACACAGCCACCGAAAUUCUUCACCUUUCAGAUUGUAGAGACGACGACGCCAUCGGCAGCGGAGAGUAAUAUCAAGUUAGAUGAAGUGCCCACCACACAACGGCCAGUACACACCACGAAUCGUUAUCGACCACGKCCGACAAUUACCGAAGUGCCCACACAGUUUGUAACGACCACSCUCAAGCCAACCGAUCCUGUUAGAUUUACCACGCGACCCAGACCAUUGAUUAAUCGACGACCGACGACUAGUCGGAAACCGCCACAGACAAAACCACGUCCAUCGUCAAGCACUAAACCCACCAGGCGGCCAGUGGAUGCCGAUGCCAACGAAGCGGUGAAACCCAUUUUACUGAAUAUCACCACAACUGGAAGUGGUGUCGGAGCAACAACGCAUCAUCGUCCAACUCCGACACCGACUACAACUAUAAACAACGCUGAGUUCGCCACCACGGUGCAAGAAACCAAAGUGUCGCAAACAGCUGAGUCWGUGGCACAAACGACUCAUGCGYCCAGACCACGACCGCAGCCAACAGCAGAGAUUGUGAAGGUGCCCAAACCAAGUGCGAGUGCUGGACCUACAACAGCGACACCGGCAUCAAUAGCAUCUACAACAACAACCGCUGUGCCCACCACAACAAGAGCUACAACGAAGCGKCCAAGCAGUACAACAACGCGCACGAAACCAACAACGCCCAGCCCCACCACAACAACUACAGCAAAAACAACAACAACGCAGAAAACAACAACGGCAAAGCCAACGACGUCAACACCGCAUAGAACCACUACAACUACGACAACGACAACUACUACAACCACAAAAACACCUAUCAGCAGCACCACACCAAAAUCACCGACCUUGACUACGGAAUCGCCUAAAGACGAGCCACCGAUGAUUGAGCUAACAACAACAACGCCUGGUUUAAUAACUUGGACGAAUGUUGACAACGAGCCGACGACUAUUAAUGCAACUUUCGAAUGGGGUCCGCCACCAACUGCACUCACGCCGGGUAUUAGCAACAAAACAGCUGAUGCGCCAGUCACCACAAAUGCCACAGCAGUUUUCACCACAUCAUCSCCACCCAUCACCACAAGCACCAUGAUAUCCGUUUCAACCAGUAUUAGUGAAAUUAUGAGCAACAUAACCUCAAUUAUGCCCAAACCAGAACGUCCAUCGUCGGUGAUGAGCACUCGACCACCCAAACCGAAGCCAACUAAGCCGACGGAGAGUCCGGCGCCAAGCACGACGACUACGCCGAGUAGUACGAGCACAACAACAACCACAACGACGACAACAACGGCGAAGCCAAAACCCAAGCCCACAAUCGCGUCAACAACAAGCACCUCAACAACUACUACCACCACAACAACAACUGAGUCGCCUAUUGAACUAGUGGAAGAAACAGCGUCGUCAACAAUGGGCGCCGAGCAAAGCACAGAAGGYUUCUCCACCACGGGCAGUGGCAUCUUUGGCACCAMCGAUUAUAGCACCGAAGAUUUUAAUGCGACAUUGUCGUCUUCGACAACGGCGCCGGUGAAUUCGCUGGAAGGCAUGGAUUAUAGACAAAUUUGUGGUCGUCGCAUGUUCCCCGAACCGCGCAUUGUKGGUGGGUCUAAUGCUGCUUUCGGCCGUUGGCCAUGGCAGAUAUCUCUGCGACAGUGGCGCACAUCGACUUAUCUGCAUAAAUGUGGCGCAGCGUUGUUGAAUGAGAAUUGGGCCAUCACAGCGGCGCAUUGUGUGGAAAAUGUACCACCAUCUGAUCUCUUGCUGCGCAUGGGUGAAUACGAUCUGGCAGAGGAAGAGGAGCCUUACGGCUAUCAGGAGCGACGUGUGCAAAUUGUGGCCUCUCAUCCACAAUUCGAUGCGAGAACUUUCGAAUACGAUUUGGCGUUACUGAGAUUCUAUGAACCAGUCGUCUUCCAACCCAACAUCAUACCGGUUUGUGUGCCCAACAGUGACAUCGAUUUCGUUGGUCAAACGGCAUUUGUCACCGGCUGGGGGCGACUCUACGAAAACGGCCCACUGCCAAGCGUGUUGCAAGAAGUUGCUGUGCCUGUCAUCAACAACACAAUCUGUGAAUCUAUGUACCGCGUAGCCGGUUUCAUCGAACACAUACCACACAUCUUCAUCUGCGCGGGCUGGAAGAAGGGCGGCUACGAUUCAUGUGAAGGUGACGAUUAUAUACCUAAACACAUAAUUAUGUUUGUAUUGUAUUUAUAGAGUAGCGAAGAUUUUAGCAUUUAGAAUUUGAAUAUUUCUAUUUUAUUAGUUUAACCGACUGCACAAAUUCAAUUUAUUUCCCCUUCAUCUCGGCGCACACACARUAACGCCCAGUUAAUAGCAAUUUUAGGGCCACAAGCAAAUAGGUAACGGUAAAUGUGGAAUGCGUUUAGUAAAUAUUUACAAUUAUCACUUAAUCGCUACACACAUACGCACYCUUGUGUUUGUGYGUGUGUGUGUGUGUGAAUUUUAAGAAAAAGCAAAACUCGUGCUUUGGUUAUAGCCAAAACAAACARCGGUGAGCCUCUUCCCCACCCAUGCAGCUUAACAGUUAUAAUCARAGCAACGACUUGCAUGAAUUCCCGCUUCCCCCUCCACACAG